CUGGUAAAGGACGGAGGAACGUAUGCAGGGGAGUUGGAGAACGGGUUGCGACAUGGCAGAGGGAAGCAUCAUUAUGCCAACGGCGAUGUUUAUGUGGGAUGCUUCGAGAACGACAAACGUCAUGGAAUCGGCCGGCUCACGCUGGCCAAC